GAGCAAGGUCUUGAUUGGCCGUCAAAAGUUGUUUACGUUAGGAAACCGCGGUUUGAAAGUUGAUGCGGCGAGAGGCGAGACUGCGACACAUCUCCGGCAUUUACGACCCGUAUUUCUCGUGCCGGGCCCGACGAUGGUGCGAUACGCUGCCCUGAAAGGACUGUACGACCUGGAGAAGACGAUCGGUAGCGGUGGCUUCGCCAAAGUCAAACUCGCGACUCACGUCGCUACCGGCGAAAAGGUUGCCAUCAAGAUUAUGGAGAAGACUGCGUUAGGUGAAGAUUUACCAAGGGUGAAGGUCGAAGUGGAGGCACUUAAAACACUGCUGCAUCAACACAUCUGUAGGCUGUAUCAAGUGAUAGAGACGGACAGUCAUUAUUUCAUGGUGAUGGAAUAUUGUUCUGGUGGAGAACUGUUUGAUCACAUAGUUGAGAAAAACCGAUUGUCGGAAUCUGACUCGCGCAAAUUUUUUUGCCAAAUAGUGUCUGCUGUUGCAUACAUGCACAAUUUGGGAUAUGCUCAUAGAGAUUUAAAGCCUGAAAAUGUUUUAUUGGAUAAAGAUGAGAAUUUAAAGUUAAUUGACUUUGGACUAUGCGCAAAACCCAAAAUGGGAAUUCAGGCACAUUUAUAUACCUCUUGCGGAUCUCCCACGUAUGCUGCACCAGAGCUUAUAAUGGGAAAGAAAUAUCUAGGCUCAGAAGUUGAUAUCUGGAGUAUGGGAGUUCUUCUUUACGCCUUAUUGUGUGGCUUUUUGCCUUUCGAUGACAAUAACUUAGAGAACUUGUAUAAAAAAAUACUUACUGGCAAAUAUGAGGAACCGUAUUGGUUGUCCAAUGAUAGUAAAACACUGAUCAAGUCAAUGUUACAAAUCAAUCCGAUAAAGAGAAUCACCAUUCACGAAUUAUGUCGUCAUCCAUGGAUUACAGGAAAUUCUCGAAAGCCUAUAUCAUUCAUUCACAGAAUAGAAUUUGAAAAAGAUGACGAGGUAUUGAGUACUAUGUCUGCCAUUUGCGGUCGGAAUAGCACAGAUAUAUGGAAGAAACUUGUGCAGAGUGAUAGAACCGAUUACAGAACGGCUACAUAUCUGUUGUUACUUGACAGAAAAUUACGUGGACUUUCAUUGAAAUUAACAUCUACGAUGAGGUCUCAUCUUAAGCAAGAAAUGAAUGGCACAAAUGUUCCACAACGUGAAAUAAUGGCCAACAAUUUUAUAACCAAACUUGAUCAUUCUCCAAGAAGCAGAACAAACAACGAGCCAUCUCCAACGAUUGAUGUCACUUAUGAUGUACUGCCUAAAAGAACUGAAGAUAAAUUUAUAGAACCAUAUACGUCGACAAGAAAAAGAUUACGAAGUAGAGACUGUGACGAUGUAUCACCGCCUGUAAUUCCAACAAAGAGGCUGCUUGAAAACAGACCAGCUACUCCAACGCAAUUCUCAACACCAGAUUCCAAAGUUCCUCAGACAUCUACACCCGGUAGUGCAAGAAAAGUUAUGAUGGGGUUAGAGCGAGGGUUGAAUCGAGUAAGAUAUGUUCUUACACCGAAAAGACGAGUGAAGAACGAAAACACCGAUCCGGAUGAACCAAAUGUAUUGUCGGGGAAGGGUCUUUCUAACGUAUCUGCAACAUGCAGCGGUUGUCCAAAACAUGUCCUCUCGAAAUUACGAAGAGCACUUCGGCAAAAGGGUAUAAUGUGCCGUCAAAAAGGAUUCAUUUUGCAAGGAGAAACUGAAGAAUCCUUUCCGGAAGGUAAAAAAGAUUCGGCGAAAUCGAUUUCUUCGCAGAAUUCCUGUUCUUUCGAAUUGGAAGUCUGCCUCUUAGAGAUCGAUCCGAACGGUAAACGAUUAGUCGGCAUUCGUCGGAAAAGAUUAAAGGGUGAUGCAUGGGUUUACAAACGCGUCUGUGAGGAAAUUCUUGCUCUCACUGCAGAAGAUAUUUCCACAGAUUCAGAGGUUGCUUCUGAAUCUAAGUGUCCUAUUUGAGAAAAAUGACUUUUAUAAUUAUAUAUUUCUACGAAGUAGAUUUCUCUAUAGACGCUCUAACAAUCUAAUUAUAUGAGAAACGGACCUCUUAAUAGUUAUAUAAUGAUAUUAACGAUAAGAUUGAUGUUUUAUAAUAAAAAGAUCGACGUUAUGUGCAACAGAUAGUGUAAGACUUAAAAGUAUGCAAUUUCUAAAAUAUAUUCAAAUGUUUAAUUUAAUCAUCAGAAAGAGAUUAUGUUGCUUAUAAUGUACAUUUAUUUUCGUUAAAGGGAUGAAACUAUGACUAAGUGUAACAAGAUCUGUAAAGAUCUAUAAAUAUAUUUUUUGAGGUACGGGUAAUGUAACUGAAAUUAUAAUGUAAUAGUAUUUA